AUGGCUCGCAGCGCGUUGCAUUAUUCCUGGGCAGCUGGACACGCUAUCCUCUUCUUAAGCACACUCAAAUAUGUUCUAGGCCUUCUUACGCUUAAAAGUGGUCUUAUUGGCUGGGCAUACAAGCUCUCUUACUUUGGUGCAAUCGUCUCAUACGGUGUCGUCGUUUUCAAGUCAUUUGGUAUCCCACAGGCCAAUUUAGCAUGGGUACAGCGUGCUAUGCUGGAUGAGAAUGUCCAAUACUUGAUUCUUGCUGCCUUCUUCUUUGUGAGCAAGCCAAUUCCACUCACCUUAAUCCCAUACGCAACCUUCUCUCUCUUCCACAUACUCUCUUUCCUUAAGAACACGGUGAUCCCUUUGAUAUUCCCACCACCACCACAAUCAAAUGCAACUUCCACAGACGGCUCAACGCCUCCAUCAAGCUCAGGCGCUGGUCCAUCCAUCCAAAAGUCAAUUGGCUCGUUCGUCAAGUCAAACUACGCCAGGGCCAUGAAAUUCGUCUCCUACUCGGAAAUGAUCGUUUUCCUGAGAUUAUUCUUUGGUGCCUUGAUCUUCAAUAACGCCUUGUCAAUGCCAAUGUUCUACGCGCUCUUCUUGCGCUCCAGAUACGUUUUCAGCCCAUACACUAGAAACGCGUUUGCUCACGUCGGCGCUCGUAUUGAUGGAUUAGUGGCGCCAUAUCCACAACCAGCAAGAAUCUGGACCCAAGCAAAGGGUUUCUUAGCUAGAGCAGGUGGACAAGCCGCUUAA